AUGCUUGCACAACGAUCCGCACCACCGCGAUGGGCGGUCAUCGCCUUCGCCGCGCUCGUACUCCUCGCCACCUCCACCCUCGCCGCCCCUUCCUCUACAGAAAACUCGACAUCUCCGAUACCACCCGCAAAACACCCGCACCCCCACCACAAGCACCAACAAAAACAGGUCCGAGACGAGUGGUCCUCCAUCAUGGGCUGGGUUUCCAUCGCAUGCUGGGUCUUGCCCUCUUUCAGUCAAAUGCACCAAAACUACGUCUCCAAGUCCGCAGAGGGCCUCUCCAUCACCUUUGUCGUCAUCUGGCUCGCCGGCGAUGCGCUCAACGCUGCAGGCGCCUGGUUCCAGGGUCUGCUUUGGACCAUGAUCAUCCUCGCUCUGUACUACUGCGCAUGCGACUGCGUGCUGAUCUUCCAGUACUGGUACUACUCCAAGUACUACCACCGCGGCGUCAAGAUCUCGACCAUCUCGGCGUCGCUUGAAGCCAACGAGCGCACGCCGCUCAUCGGCGACGGCAGCGUCAUCGAGGACGAUCUGUCGGCCAAGGACGAUUCGGACGACGACUCAUCGGUCCGCACCCAGAUCAUCAUGUACACCAUCGCUGCGCUCCUGGUCGUUGCCACGGGCGUGGCCGCAUGGUGGGUGGCCGAGCACUCGUACGGCAGCGACGACGACUUGCCGCCCGCCGCACCCGAGCCCGUGGGCUGGCGUUGGGACGCACAGGUGGCCGGAUGGCUCUCGGCGAUCCUGUACCUCUCGUCGCGCGUCCCGCAGAUCCUCAAGAACCGCACGACAAAGUGCGAGGGCCUCUCGCUUGCGCUCUUCGUCUUUGCCGUCGCAGGCAAUCUGACAUAUGUGGCCAGCAUUCUGUUGAAGAGCACCAAACACGACUACCUCGUAGAGAGCUUCUCCUGGCUCGUCGGCAGCCUCGGCACCGUGUUCUUGGACUUUAUCGUGCUCGGUCAGUUCAUCCACUACCGCAGGGCCAGGCGCGAGAUCCACAGGCUCCGAAGGUCCAGCAUCGCCCACCACGAGCGCGAGCGCCCGCGCAUCAACGCCACUCCCUCGGCCUGA